UAGCAAGUUAACCAAAACGUGUAACGAGAAUAAACAAUAAACAUUCCAUUGUAUCGUAUUGUUUAAUUAUGGGAAAAACAUCGAAAGAUAAACGUGAUAUAUAUUAUCGGCGAGCGAAAGAAGAAGGAUGGAGAGCAAGGAGCGCUUUUAAAUUGCUUCAAAUAGAUAAUGAGUGCCACAUUUUAGAUGUGAGAAUUACAAGAAAGCUCUGGAAGCUGGGAAUGCAACACCCCCAAAAAUAGUUGCAGUUGAUUUACAAGCUAUGGCACCUCUAGAAGGAGUAAUUCAAAUUCAGGGAGAUAUUACCAAUAUUAAUACAGCGAAGGAAAUUAUUUCCUAUUUUGACAAUGAACAGGCUGAUUUAGUAGUUUGCGAUGGAGCCCCUGAUGUUACAGGCUUGCACGAUAUGGACAUUUAUAUUCAGUCACAGUUAUUACUAGCUGCGCUGAAUAUUACUACUCACAUACUAAGACAAGGGGGUACAUUUGUAGCAAAAAUAUUUAGAGCUAAAGAUGUUACAUUACUAUAUGCACAACUAAAGAUAUUUUUCCCCUAUGUCUAUUGCACAAAACCUAGCAGUUCUCGCAAUUCCAGCAUUGAAGCAUUUGUAGUCUGUAAAGAUUAUUCACCUCCUGAAGGUUACAAACCUCAUAUGCUAAAUCCUCUUUUAACUCAUAAACCAUGUGACUUUGAUGAGCUUACUGGAAUUAACAGAGUCAUUGUUCCAUUUGUUGUUUGUGGCGAUCUUAGUCAGCCUGACUCUGAUACUUGUUAUCCACUGAAUUUCGAAGGAAAAGAAUACACAUAUCACGAACCAGUACAAACACCGAUUGCACCACCAUACCAAGAAGCAUUGACUCUGUUGGAGAGUAGAGAUACCGAUUUUAGAAGGUCUGAUGUUAACGUAGUAGUAGAUAAUCUAAGUUCCAUGACCAUUACGGACUUUAAAAAACAAGCGAAGCAGAAACAUAAGGAGAUAACUAAAAGUGAAAUAAGCAAAUUGCAAGAUAGCAAAAAAGAUGAUGACAGCGAAGAUGUAUUGGGACUUGACCAACUAAUAUUUACCGAAUUGUUUGAUGAAUCUGAUAAUAAAGAUAAUACGACUGUGCGUAAUUACCGGCAAAAUUUAGGCAAAUAUCAAGUGCCAAAAACAAUUUUUUUUUUAUACACCUAUAAUUGGCAUCGUAUCGGCUAUGAUAGAAUAACAAGCCGAACUUGUUAUGUCUGCAAGAAAUUGUUCUGCUGUGCGAAGUGCCGUGAACGACAUGAAGAAAACAAACACACAAAACGCUAUCCGAACUGUCCGUUCUGCAUGAAUCAGAAAUUUCCGUUGAAAUCCUUCGAAGAUAAGGCAUUAGUUUCUCACAUAGUAACUAGGCAUCUACCUCUCUACUGUUACUUAUGCGGUGAAAUUUUCAAACAGAGCAAAGAUUUGGAAUCAUUGGGCAUUUGCAAAUGGUGGAAAUCAAAGCAACGUCAUUCACUGGUGUCUGCACAAAAGUCCAUACUGGGUACACCACCUCUGGUUUCAGACGAAAAGGAAUCGUCCCAAUUCGGCCAACUGACCUCACCGCCGGAACUUUAUCGAAAUACAAGCACGCCUAUGGUUGUCGACCAAAAGACAGGUUUCAACUUCAAAACGCCGAACGUUCCGAAUUUCUCCUUGAAAACGCCAAAAACUGAUUCCGCGUCUUUGAACAAUUAUGAAGAUCAUGGCUGUUCGCAAAGAAGCAGCUUGAAAUCCGAUAAUUCGAGCACUUACGUGACCUGCCCGUCUGUGAAUAUUCACGAAGAAACCCCAUUCCGCACGUGGCCACCGGGCCAUGGAAGUAAAGAACUUCCCAGAAGUCUGGAAAUCAUGAAAGACAAAAGUAACAACGACUCGAACGAACAUUAUGCAGACAAUAAUUGCGUGGAAUUGACAGACGUCGAGGACGAAAUGUCUAAUUCUCAGAGCUUGGGAACAUGCCAAACAGAGAAACGACCAGACUCUUUAAAGAAAGUCCGAUUUUCUGACCAAUAUGGAACUCCACCGGAACGUAACUCGAUGGCUGCUACUAUCAAUAUGACGGAGAACGAAGAAUACUUCGAUACAUCCGAGAUGAAAGAGUUUUUGGAGAAAUCACAGAUCAAAAUUUAUGAGGAUAAUGCGAAGAACAUAGAGAAAGAAAAUUAUAAGCCGAACAGCGGCAGUCUGAACGACAACGAACAACAAUCGGAUGAUUCUUCGCGAGUAGUGUUGAUGGUAGUCGUGGAGAAUAAUCCUAAGAAGACAACAUCCGAUCUAAUAAAUUCUGGUUUAAAGAAACUAGAAGGUAUUGUUACAAAUAGAAAUCUUUUGGUCAAGAAUAACAGUUUUCCUGGUAGUAGUAACUCGUUAACGUCCAUUGGUAGUUACUACAGCAUUUCUAGUCAAAAUUAUUACUCAUCGCCACAUGAAUUGAACAGGUCUGUUAAUAGAGAUUCAAAUACUUCAAGUAACAGUACCGAUAAUAAUAGCUCCGGUGGAAUUUUCUCCAUGAUGGCUAACGCAAUGAAAAGUGUCAUGAGAAGUUUCUCGGCAAUCGGUACCACUAAGAAUAUUGAAAAGCAACAGAUUUUUUCAAAAGAAGGUAACGCAUUAAUACCGUCUACUUCGGGGUUCAACUCUCUAUCAAAUUUGGAGUCUUUCUCUUCACAAAGAGCGGAAAAACGACCGCGAGAUGAUAUCGAAAAUGUGUCAUUAUCGCAAAGAUCAACGGAACAGGUUGAAUUGUUGAGUCCCGUCGCGAAACGACACCGUGGAUGGUACAAAAUUAAGGCGCGAGAACCGAUCGCGAGGAUGCGAAAUAAUCGACAAUUUUCAUCUCACAAUCAGCGAGGAGUAUCAUCCGAAACUCAAGUGUUUCAUCAGGGAUCGUUGUUGGUUGGCAAUACAGUUUUACCCCUACCUGAUAGAGCACACCAAUCUACGCAAACCGAAUAAUAUUGAAUAAUAAUUGAAAUUCAAGUAAUUAAUUUUAUGAUACUAUGUUUUAUCCGGAAAAUAUUUUAUUUAAAUUUAUUUAUUAUAAAUGGACAUGUUUGAUAUAUCAUUUGAAACAAUUGUAAUACUUUAUUUCGUGAUUGUAUCAUUUAAUUAA